UGAUAUGUUCCUAUAUUUAUCGUAAAUUUUCUUAUAUUUACUGAUUUUUCUUUUUGUAACGAGAUUUGGCAGAUCUCGCGCUCCCGAAAAUAAUUAGAGGUCUGGUCUGAGGGGUUUCAUCGACUAAGACGCUAAUUAAUACUACCGGUUUGUGAGUGGCCUCGGUAGUGACAUCCAUUUUCGCCUGAAUGUCAGUGUUGACUUGGUAGACAUCCACCACGAGUGGAUAAUCCGGAUUCCUACCCUGGCUACGACAGAUUUGUAUCCCCUACUUCGACACUCCCACCGGAGAGUCGCAUCGAGGUGUGCGCACAGAUGGUCGUAUGGAGUGGGUCAAACGGGAGUGGGGAUAGAGAGUCCAUAGAACUGGUGAUCGCUGGCAUCUCACUGCCAGUCGUCGGCCGGCUCUCGGAGCUGGCUGAUGGCACCGGGACUGGUGACAGUUCGUGGUUGGCCUCCGAUGAAGCUAGCUGACUCCUUGGUGGAGUUGGCUGGUGACUUGGUGAUGUCAACAUGCUCCUAUGGAGGAGCUAGUUGAUAUUAUUGGUGAAGCUGGCAUAGCUAGUUAGCCGACUUAGACAAUGACGUCGACUAGGUCCUAGGUUGGAACUCGUUGAUGUCACUGAUGAGUCCAACCAAGCUCCCGAUGCGUGGUGCAUGCCCUCGGGGGUGAUUUACGAUGUCGCUACGCUGUAUAGGUAGGACGUUGUAUAUCACUCGCUCUCUCGCUCUAGUGUGGUUACUUACUGCCAACCUAUAAUCGAGUAGUCAGAGCAUAGAGUGGUCCGGCGUAAGACCAGCGUGGCUGCGGAUGGACUUUAUGUUCGACUGCUUGGUGCGCUAGAGUGAGUAAGCAAUAGGAGGAUUUUUGGUAAAGCCUGUAAGGUACGAAUAUCCUCGUUCUCGUAUUGACUUAGGUUGUGCGAGUGAAUUAAACCAAGGUUAAUGAUCACGGUAAUAACCGCCGCCGCGGGGUGAGGUUAUUACGCUCCCGGCCAAUACUAAAAACGAUAUACAUUUUAGUAAUGGUGCCAGAGUGACGUUUUGGAACUAAUAUGGUGGACCGCGCCCCUUUACCAUUUCUUACUGAACUAGUCGCUACCGAAAUGGCCGUCGGCGGCCAUUGCUCCCGAAACUACCCGACGGUCCGUUGGUUGCCGUUAUACAUCAGCUGGCUCCCUCCUGGCGGUAAGAGAGGAGGAUGGUGAGAAAUCCUCGCUAAUCCCAUAGUAACUGAGGCUUCUACUUUAUCGGUGGAAAAAUCAGUUACAAAAUGGCUCCCAACGUGGGGCCUGCCAUGGCAGGUUUCGAAGCGACACUCACGGCAAAAUCGGGAGUUUGGUACUGUAGUUCCAACUUUUGCCGCAUCAGGGCUUGGCGUUAGUGCGCUCCAUUCCCAUUGGUCAUGUGAACCCCUCGCGUGAUUGGUGGGGAAGACGGAGUUGCGCAGACGAUCGAUACUUGUUGUAGCAAAUUGGAGGGGCGAAAUAUCGAGCUCCCACGCGUAUAUAAGGAGCUGCUUCGAGUGAAGAAGCUCAUUCCUUGUCCGGUUACGACGAGGGAUACAGCUCUGGAAUAAGCUUGUGUGAUAUCGAAUUCCUAAUCUGUGAUAUGGAAUAACCUUGGUUAUUCGCUCUCGUGACAAUUUGUCAGAAUUCUUGCAGGCUGCCUGCUUGUACUCAUGUGGUUGUUGGUUCUCGAUGUAUCUUCGGAUACAGGACUCGGUAGUCUUCGGAUAGUCUUAGUCGUUGAAAAACUAAGACAAUCUAAAGGGCUACGAUCACGGUAGUUUCAAGAGUCUUGGCUGUUUAAAUACGGGCUAAGAUAGUCAAAAGAAACUACGCUCUCGGUAGCUCUCGGACACGGUCGUAACCGUUUGGUACGGAUUCAACAGUCCUAAGAUCUACGAUCUCGGCAGUCUCUGAAGGCGAUCUCGGCUGUCCUCGUACGGGCUGAGAUAUUUCAGAAAUCUACGCUCUCGACUGUUUCCGCUAAUGUUCGGUGGAUCUCCACUUACGGACAUUAGCAGAUGGCGCUGGCAUCACUCCUCUUCCAGGGACAGAUGCGCUCACGGGCUUUGCGCAGGAAUAGAGAGGAGGGAUGCAAGACUCCCACCACUCAAAACUGGGUAUAUAAGGCCGAUCCCGAGUAAAGAAAAAUCACUUCUGGCUUCAACGAGCUGGAGGAAAGUUCUCUGAACGCUCUCGAUAUGGCUGAUGACCAAAACCCAAAAAAAAACCAGAAACUUAGAAAAAAUAACGAAGUUCCCCCGCCGGAAAUCGAACCCGGGUCUUUUGCUUUCCGGGCAAACGCCUUGACCACUAGACCACAGGGCUUCUUACUUUUUCUAAGUUUCAUCAAAUUAUCUCCGACGUCCUUCUAUGCGUCAAUUCAUUUUUUGAAAAAAAAAAAACCUGCCUCUGGCGAGAAACCAGAAGAGGCUCCCGAGGUAGCAGUAGUGAAUCCACCAUUAAUAGGAGGCAGCUCCGAAAAUGUUGGGAACAAUCUACUGUUGAAGAGCUCUCCUAGACGGGAUGUGCAGUAUAGAGACUCGUCUUGAAGCUUCGGAGCCUCGUGGUAGAGGCAGACCGAAGAAGGACGGGAGCCGUUCGUCCUCUCCUGGAAGCCUAACACCAGAGCUUCGAGUGGAAGAACCCACACCACCAAAUGGUCGUGUGGUUGACCACGUGUACGUCCCAGAGUUGGAAAUUCCGAAACUCGACUUGGAGCGUCAAGGGGGAAACCGUACUCAUGGGGAACCUCAAAUGAUGUCACCAACGAAAGUCUUCGAAUUACACAGUCGCUGGAACGUACAGUUCUCGGGUCAACGAAGCGAAGACUUGGAAUAUUUCCUGUCUCGUAUCGAAGACGCUCUCGAAAGUUUCCCUAUACGGGAAGAAGACCUUUUAGGAGUAUUGCGUGGGUGUCUACGCGAUACAGCCCUAUUGUGGUUUAGAGAGAAACGAUUCGCUAGCUGGCGUGCUGCUCGCACGGCUUUUAGGACUUGUUUCUCUGAUCUCGAUUUUCAAGCCACCUUAGAGAUGGAGAUAUUAUCCCGAACUCAAGGAAGGUAUGAAAAUGUCUGCGAAUACAUUUUUAAGAUGAAAGCGCUAUUCGCAAAGACGCUCCCGCCAUGGCCUGCGACUCGUAGAGUACAAUUACUCUAUCGAAAUCUGUUGCCCAAAUUCCGAUUGGGUUUACAAUUCGAUGAAUGUUUAUCUCUAGAAGUACUAGACUGCGAAGACAGGCGAAGAACAUGGAAUGCUCCCGUAGUUGGCAACCUCCGCGUAAACCAGAGGAAUCCAUGUGUCCAAGCUUGGCUUAUCGAGAACCUCCUCGACUAGCCAAAGACGUACGACACAAUGCCCACGCUCUUGAGGAAGAUGGAAUCCUCUAUGACGAGAAAGCUAUCAAUCCGGAUCUCGAAAUGUUGGAUGCUUUGGGUCGUCCAAGGUUCCUGGGACCAAGGCAUUGCUAUAAUUGCAAAAGCACUGACUGAACACCAGUUCAGAGUUUGUCCAGAGCCGCCGACAUUGUUCUGUUACCGGUGUGGAAAACCGGGGCUCACGUUUAAAGAAUGCUCCCGUUGUCGUGUAAAGCACCCUGUCGUAUCGACCGUUAGUAGUACCCCAAGACAGGGAAAUACAUUGGAAUUGGCUACCCUGGAACCUAACCCUUUCUGGGAUAGGUUGCAAAACACUCUCGGUCCUGGUCGAAAGAUUACUUUCUUCCUAACGAUUAAUAUCGGAGAACGUUCGAUUGAAAUGUUCAUGGUUUCUGGCGCGACUCGCACCUUUGCAGGUUACAGAGGCAUCGAGUUGCUCAGGAAAUCAGAUAUUGAGCCGGUCGAGUGUCCAGGUAGAAAGAUUCUAGUUGCCAACAAACAGAUAGAAAUCAUUCGACAAAUAUCGAUGACACCUAUUUCGUUGGGCGGCAAGACCAUUCUCGUCGUAUGGGCUAUCAAGAAAUUUCGUGCAUACGUGGAGGGAUACAAGUUCACGGUCAUCACCGAUCACAUCAGUUUACGCUGGCUUCAUAAUUUGAAGGACCCUGGUGGUCGACUUGGUAGAUGGGCUCUCGGGCUGAUGGAAUAUGAUUUUGAGAUAGUACACAGGAAAGGUGCACUACAUCAUGUUCCAGAUGCGCUCUCGCGUGCUCCCGAAGUUGGCGCUGUUCUCGCAACGAUAACCACGAUCACUUCUACGAAAGAUCGCUGGUAUAUCAGACAGAGAAAGGCAAUACGUCUUGCUCCCGGUAAAUACCCCAAUUGGACUAUUGAUCAUGGUCAGCUGUAUUUUCAUCGUAGAGGACAUCUAGCCUCUGCAGAAAAUAUAGAUUUUGAUGCAUGGAAAUUGGUCCUACCACGGGAAUUACGAUCUCGUGCUUUGAGAGAAUGCCAUGAUGACCCUCAGGCGGGACAUUAAGACGUACUCCGAACUUAUGAACGAUUGGCAGUAAGAUACUUUUGGCCAAUGAUAUAUAAAAUUGUGGUAAAAUACGUCAGCCAAUGUAUCACUUGUCAGCGUUGUAAAGUGGAACAAAGGGCUCCCGCGGGCUACAUGAAUCCCAGAAAAUUCAUGGGGCCUUGGUUUCGUAUAACGGCGGACAUUAUGGGUCCGUAUACGGAGAGCCAAGCUGGUCACGGAUAUAUUUUGGUAAUACAAGAUACGCUCACGAAAUGGGUAGAAAUAGCUCCCUUGAAAAAUGCGACAGACGAGCAUCAGAUGGUGGUCCUAAUUUACAUGGUAGCAGAGAUUAAUAGAAAGAACCAAGUAUUCAUGCUGCAGCUCAACGUUAUUCACCAGUUUAAAGAGCAUCAGAAGGCUCAUGUCCACCUGGUCCUGGUAUACAAGCACUUCAACAAGAAUAUUAACAACUUCAAAGAUUAGCACUGCCAUCACAUA